AUGCUUGACAAAGCUGUUGAACUUGGUCUGUCUGUGGAUGAAUGCAAAAGUGGUGAACAAAAGAAAGCAGCUGAGGAGAUCAUGAAAGGAACUGGAGUGCGGAGUAUAUCAGGCUACAAAAGCAAACAACUUCCUUUGCAAGGUAUUAACUGGAAAAGGUUAGCACACUUAGAAAUGGAGGAAUGUAGGCUAAAAAGAGCUGGUGAACUAGGACUAGAAGAAUAUAAAUCUCAGAUACAGGCAGAAAAACAACAGAUUAAGCAGGAGCUUAGCAAACACAAACUGUCCAGUGCUAUGAAGAGUUUUAUUGAACACUUAUUUGAAACUGAAAAAGAAAAAAGACACUUUUUUCUAAAAUGGAUGAAACUUAAGCUUUAUAGACAUUCGCGGUCUGUCAUUCAAAGGUCUUUACUGCAUUGUGAAUUGACAGAGCCAGAACAAAAAGAAGAUAAAGCUUUGCUGGAUAGCUCUUUAGGAAUAGAGCAUUACAUGAGAGAGAUGGCACUGAUCUAUGAGGUUUCCUUGCAGUCACAAGACACUGAAAUGCUCUUGGAUGGAUAUCCUUUAGAACUCUUGGAUGGAGAUGCUUCCAAUGUCCCAGAGAGAUGGGUGAUAGAUGUGCUGAUGGAGCUUCACAGGAAGGUUGGGGAGCAGAGCAGACUGUUGGUACUGACUGUGUUGGGUGUUCAAAGUACCGGGAAGUCAACACUUCUCCACCUCUCAAACACUAUGUUUGGUGUGCAGUUUCCUGUCAGCAGCGGCAGAUGCACAAGAGGAGCUUAUAUGCUCUUCCUUAAAGUUGGAGAGGAUUUGAAAAGUGACUUAAAUUGUGACUUUGUUGUCCUCAUUGACACAGAGGGUCUGAAGUCUCCUGAUCUUGCACAACUAGAGGACAGUUAUGAACAUGACAACCAGCUGGCAACUUUUGUCAUUGGCUUAAGUGAUGUCACCAUUAUUAACAUUGCAAUGGAAAACUUGACUGAAAUGAAAGAUGUCCUGCAAAUCACAGCUCACGCAUUCUUAAGAAUGAAGCAAAUUGGUAAAAAACCAGUUUGUCAUUUUGUUCAUCAGAAUGUUGCCAGAGUUUCAGCUCAUGCAAAGACCAUGAUUGAAAGAAAACAUCUCUUAGACCAACUCAAUGAAAUGACUCAAAUUGCAGCUGAAAUGGAAAGGCAGCCUUCUAUAAAAGCAUUCACAGAUGUGCUGGACUAUGACAUAGAAAAGAACAACUGGAACAUCCCAGGACUCUGGCAUGGAACCCCACCAAUGGCACCUGUGAACAUUGGUUACAGUGAAGCUGUGGCAGAUUUCAAACAAAAUCUUUUGGAUACAGUGAAAAGUGACAGAACUAAUGAAGUCUCAAAGAUACCAGAGUUUCUAGAAUGGAUGAAAAGUCUCUGGAAAGCAGUCAAGUAUGAGAACUUCAUCUUUAGUUUCAGAAACACCCUUGUGGCUCAUGCCUAUGACAACUUGUGCAAAGAAUUCAAUCAAUGGGAAUGGGACUUUAGAAAAGAGAUUCUCUCCUGGCAGAAUAAAGCAGAGUUAGAAAUCUUAAAUGCUGACAAUGAAGCUGAGGUGGAGACUUGGAACAGAUUGGUUGCAUCAAAAAAGGGAGGUGUCAGACAAAAUAACAGACCAACAAACAAACAAAAAACUACAAAAUAUAAAAUAAACAAAAUAAAGGAGAAACUCAGUGACUACUACAAAAAGAAAGACAGACACAUAAAUCUGAUAGAGAAAUACAAAGUUGACUUCAUCAACAGUAUCAACAGUCUGGCAAAUGAAAUUCAACAUUCUGUGCAUAAUAAACUGGAUUGUGUUCUUGAGCAAAAAAUAAGUUCAAAAAAGGUUCAGGACAUUCAGAGAGAAUACAGAGCUGUGAUUGAAGACCAGGUCAUGAAGCUCCUGAGUGACUGCAAAGAGUCCACACUGACUGAUGAACAACUGACACAUGAGUUUGAAAAGAUGUGGAAUGGAGCUACUGUAAAUGUGUCUGGCCUGAAAGAGCGAGAUAUUGCAGCAUGUGUCCUCAAUCAGUUGAGAAAGAAUUUCUCAAAUCUGAAUGUCAAUAAAGAACUGCAGAACAUUGGAGACCUAACAGAUAUCGGGAAGGAUCAAUUUAAAACCACAAGAGACCAUGUAGACUCCUAUAUGAAGAAGUUUCAAUAUUGGUUUAGUGGAGAUUUGCAGAGCUUUGCAGACAGUGUCAUUGACACUUCCACAAAGUUUGUUCUUGAUAAAACAAAGGCAAAUGGAGAUUAUCAUGACUCCUUCACAAGGGAUAUUCUGAAAAAAAUAGAUGAAUCCCUUCAACGAAACUACAGGCAUUACAAAACAAAUUCACAGUUUGAGAUUGAGCUGAAACUUCACAUUUGUGGCAUUGCCUCAAGAGAGUUUCUCAAAAUGCACAAAAAAUUCUUGUCAGAGAAUGAUCCACAAACUCAGUUGGAAAAGUACAAGACUCAGUACUUGUCAGAUUUUCUUGACUUAUACAAACAAAAAGAUGAUUGCCAACAUAAAGCAACUGCUUUUGUCCAAUUGUGUAUCAAACCUGCUGUAGAAGAGUACAUCAGUAGGUCUCUGGGAGUAGAUAUUGUGGAUGAAAUUUUGACAAGUUGCCAUUCAGCAGAGUACAGCUCACGUUCAUUUUUCCAGUACAACAUUCAGAAAGAGCUGCUGAAAAACAAAGACUUUGAGAGUUUUGUCAAGUACAUUGGUAACUAUGAAAUAUAUGUGAAGGAUUGGAUAUUUCAGCACAUCCUGAAAAAAAUGGCAGAGGACAAAACUUUGUGCAAACUGAAGAACAAGAAUCUGCAGGUCAUAGUUAGAAAAAUAACAGAGGCAAUAGAGGAGGCCUCAAAAAGAGAGGAUGGUGCUCUGCUGCCAGACAACAAGGAGAGCAUCACAGAGCUCAUCAGCAACAUGCGCACAUAUUUGACUAAAGACAUCUCACUUUCAGGUUGA